UCAGUGCCGCUGGGACUUCUAGCCUUCUUCUCUUCCGUUGCUCUCCCCUUCUUCGCACAUCAAUCAUGGCGAAGCACUUCUCUUUCAUCUUUUAUCUCCUUGUAAUACUCUCUCUCUUUCUCAAUCAGUUCUCUUCGGGUUCUUUUGUUCGAGCCGAAUCUCAUUUUGAAGGCUUCGAAGCCGAAGAUGACGAGUUCGACGACCAAUCCAUCGAUCCCACUUCUCUCCGAUCACCCCCUUUGACGCAAUCGGAGCCCCAAACUACUAGACUCACCCCUCCAGAUUCCAAGACCACGGAAUCUGGUCCCGACCCGGAUUUGGAUUUGGAUUCGGAUUCUCAAUCAUCAGCUUCGGAUCUUCCGAAGACAUCACCCACUACCACCGCCGUCGAAUUCUGGGAUGAAGACGAAUUUGAAGGCUUACCAGUGGAGCAGCCCAUUCCGGAAAUCUCCAAUACUCCGGAAGAUUCCAAACCCGCGGAUAAUAGUUCGGAUCCUAAGGUCUCUUCGAAAUCUGGGGAUGUUAAGGGUUCGCGCUCGUUUACGAUUGAGAUUGUUUGCGGGAGUUUUCUGAUUAUGUUUGCGGUUAAUUACUUUACUGGGAAGCGCGAGAACGAGAAUAUAGCUCUCGCCUGGGCUGCUCAGUUCGCGACGAAGGACUCGAUUUUCGAGAAAAAUUUUAGUCUUUUGGGGAUCGGCGAAGGCGGUGAUGAUGCACCUUUGUUGCUGAAAGAAGGGCAAACGGUGUUCAAGUUCUACGCGAGCGGCAGAAGGUAUUGCCAGGGUUUGCUGGCUACGAUGGAGUUGAAGAGCAGGCAAGAUCUGAUAUCAAGGAUAUACAAUAUGAUUGUGCCUUCUAGAGAUGAGAUUACCUUUGAGGUAAAUAUGAACGAUGAAGCCAUGGAUCACGUAGUGUUUGCAAUGGCCAAGAAGAAGGCAGCGAAAGCUAUGCAGAAGGAUGUGUGGGAUUUGCAGAGGUUUGCGGGUCUUGUUUCACCUCCCAACGGUAGGAAGUGGGUUGCUGAUGAGUUAGCUGUUAUUUCAGAGUCAAAGGAAGUUGCAGGUGAAUUGAUUACAGAGGCUGUGCUUGAGCAGGUUUUUGGUGACAAAGCUUCUGAGAAAUUUGGAAAAGGUUUCAUAUCAAUGCAUUUCUCUGAUCAAUAUCCUGGCAUCCACAAAAAGGUACUGUUGUUCAAGUUUGUGCUCCCAGAUGCUAAGAAUAUGGCUGACAUGACUCGGUUGGUGGCUCUGGUACCAUAUUAUAUUGAUUUGGUUGGGAGAUUAAAACUAAGUGCUCAGGCUCGGUCUAAGACAGAGGCUGCUCGGCUAAAGGCUGCUCAGGAACGACAGAAAGAACGUCAGAAUGCCCGACAAGAAGCCUUGCAGAGAAAAAAGGCUGAAAGGAGAAAGAUGCUGGAGGAAGCAGAGGCUAAGCUCAGUGCAGAGGCUAUUAAGAAGAAAGAGGCGAAAGACCGUGCUCGUCAGAUGAAGAAGGCAAUGCCAAGAAUAAAAAUGUCUCGUGCUGGCUAGAUUGAGUCUGUUUUUUCAUGCAACAUCAUAUUCAGUGCUCGAGUUCUUGAUCGCUGGGGAAGGUUCUAAUUUGCCCAUCAUGGUGCAGUACUCCAGUAGUUUGCAUUAAUCCUUCACUAGAUAGGCAUGGCCACGACUUGGUGAGUUCCAUAGACAUCAAAAAUCCAAAAUCUAGGUAUUCCCAAAAAAAAAAAAAAAAUCCAAAAUCUAGAUCUGAGAAGUAGAUUAUGGUUUUAAUUGCUUCGGAAUUCAGAUGGUAAUAUUCAAACUGCUCGUCCUAGUUGCUAGGUCACUGUUGUAUUCUCUUGUUUCAUUGCUCAGGCAAAACGCUGAAGUUUACUUAACUUGCAACCUGUAUUUUGUGGUGCAUUGCUUAGUUUAAUGGUGGUUGGAGAUGAGGGGAAAGAACCUAAUUUUUUUCCCUAUCUGACCUUGACAUUUUUUCUAUGGUAUAAAUGAAGGUUUUUUUUCCCACA